AUGAGUAAUAUUUUCGACAGGAUUGACGUCUACGAUGAGGAGUCGACUCCUGCGGCCAUUGUCGAUUACAUCGCAAGUAAUCAGGGCUGUGUCAACGACAAACGGCAUGACAAUACAACACCCCUACACCUGGCAAUUUCCAAGAAGAUACCUAAGAUUGUUGACGCCCUUCUCAAGCAUCACGCAAAUCCAAAUAGUCAGGACGGCAAUGGACAAACCCCGCUACAUCUCGCAAUCUCUAUAGAUGAGCCUGUCAUCGUUAAAUCCCUCCUUGGAUGCCAAUCAGCAGAUAUCGACUCCCCGGACAAUCAUGGACGAACCCCGCUAUGGCUAUCGGCGAGAACGGGGGACAUUGAGAUCGUCGAGGCUUUGGUGGAGAGAAAUUGCAGCAUCGCAGUACGAUGCCGUACUUGCGAGCUGACUCCGCUUCACAUCGCUGUUCAGAAUCGACAUCAUGACAUAGCACGAUAUCUCAUCGAAAAGAAGGCAGAUCUCGAAGCAGCCGACGCAGAAGGCGAAACACCAUUGUUUAAAGCUAUUCGAAAUUGUGAUUUCGAGAUGGUGCACAUCUUGAAAGGGGCUUCGCGAACGCACCAACGAAAAGACGGCAAGACCAUCCAAGCACUAUCUGACGAUGGAGCGUUCGAACGGACGGUGCAAGAGACUUACGGCGGUUUAGAUGAAUAUGUUAAAAAGUACCCUACAUCACCGAGAAACUCCAAGGUGGAUAGGCACGAGAACAGCAAAGACGAAGAUGAGGAACGAAAGCCUGCGGCAUCCACUCAAAAAGAUAAGGACCACUCGACAGGAGUUAGCAACCCUCCGGCAGUAGUUAGCAACUCUCCAACAGGAAGCGAUCCCACACCAAAGAACUCCACCGAUGCCCCUCCUAAUCCAUACCUUGAUUCCCUUGUGACUCAUAUCACGAGAAACGGCCUACAGAGGCUAUUCGGUGGAGGUGAUGAGAGACAGCUAAGGAAUCACCUGCGAGCCAACGCCGAACAAGCUGGGGCCCUGGCAAACGCUAUCGGCAUUAAUCAUGGAAGCUUAGCUGCGUUUGCGCUAUUGACAAUCUAUGAUGUAGCGAUAUUAAUUGACGACACCAGGUCGAUGACGUCAAAUGGGAGGGUAGCGAUCAACAAUCUUAUGGGCUUCCUGACGGCUCUUAUCCGCAUAUAUUCCCACUGUGGUACAGGUGAACAGGGUAAAAUUCAAACAAUUCGGUUUCUCAACGGGAACGAAAUUGCAGAUCAUAUCGACGAAGCGGGUAUCACAAAAUUGUUAAAGAUCCAUGAUUAUGCUGGGCACAGGAGAACCGGAAAUCAGUUGGAGAACAAAAUACUCAAGCCAUUGAUAACCAAGGAGAUGAAGAGACCACUCCUUGUUCUUGUCGUUGUGAAUGGACAGGUGGCAUCCCCAUGA